CAUUCGUCGUGAUGCCACGGUGGUUUCAGGGUCCGCGUUGUACCAAUGUAGUCCGAUUGGACGGAAAAGUAGCGGUUAUUACCGGAGCUAAUACCGGCAUUGGUAAAGAAACUGCUCGUGAACUCAGUCGUAGAGGAGCUCAGGUUGUUAUAGCCUGCAGAGAUAUUCAGAAAGCUGAAGAUGCCGCUAGAGAAAUCUCUUCGGAAACUAAGAAUUCUGUUACAACUCUUAAAUUAGACUUGGCAUCUCUGAGUUCAAUUAGGACAGCAGCACAAAACUUAAAAGUUCAGCAACCGAAAAUUCAUCUUCUAAUCAACAAUGCUGGGAUCAUGGUAUGCCCUCAAUGGAAGACGGAAGAUGAUUUUGAAAUGCAACUGGGCGUUAACCAUUUGGGCCACUUUUUAUGGACGCUUAUGUUACUCGACAACGUAAAACAAGCUGCCCCAUCUCGAAUCAUUAACGUUUCCUCUAUUGCUCAUACAAGAGGAAAUAUUGACUUUGACGACAUCAUGAUGGAGAAAAAUUACGAUCCCACUCGCUCAUACUGCAGAAGUAAAUUGGCUAAUGUCCUUUUUUCUAAAGAACUGGCAAAUCGACUCAACGGUACUGGAGUAACCUGCUAUUCGCUUCAUCCUGGAGUUGUUCAGACGGAACUUGGUAGGCAUCUGCGUGUGACAACCAAUCGUUUGGUGGAUGACAUGUUCCAUUGGUUUGGACAAUACUUUUUUAAAACACCCGAAAUGGGUGCGCAAACGACUAUAUAUUGUGCAACCGAGCCUUCCCUUUCCAGUCGGACCGGCCUUUAUUACAGUGACUGUGCGGAAGAGAGACCAGCAAGACAAGCCGAAAACAAAGAGGCGGCACGUCGCUUGUGGGAAAUCAGUGAGAAAUUGGUGAAUUUCAGCUAUGGCUCUUCUAAUUAAUUGUCGCAUUAUGUCAUGACACUGAAUAAAUGAAAUUUAAAGAAAAUAUUGCUUUUAAAUUUGGGUUUAAAGUCCAGUAAUGCAAUGGUUAGAAGACCUACAAUUAACUUGGGUUCUUCCUGGAAACCUUAUCAAUAGAGGCCAAAAAAUCAACUAGAGAAUGUCUUCCUCCCUUUUGUAUGCCAUAACUUAUAAAAAUACCGAAGAAGCAGGUAUUAGACUAAAAAAUAUUUGUUUAUCCAAAGCAUGAAAAUUAGGUCAGUCAGAAGUACAACUGGAGAGAUGAGUGCAUCUGUACAAGGUAAACCGAUCGCUGAACAAAAAGAACUUUGGGUGUUGUUUUUGGUAUGGUAACUUAAAGAAACGUGUUAAAGAUAAAAUUUAAGUUAGCGUGAAUACAUGAAGAUGAUGUAAUACUGCAUAUCAAGUCCGGUGAUCUAAAACAGAAUCAGACCAAAAAUAU